AUGAUCAAGCUCAGAGCUCAUGAAAUGUAUCCAGUGAGUUUUUUGGGGCUGAAAAUUUGAAUUUUUCAAAAUUUUGGUGCCAAAUUUUUGAAAUUCCUGAAAAAUCUGACCUUGAAAUUCCACGUGGCAAAGUUUGGUCUCAAAAAAAAACUGAAGAAUUUCCAAUUUCAAAAUUUUGGCUCCAAAUGAAAAGUUUGAAAAAAAUCCACGUGGAAAAGCUAAAAAUCAAAAAUGUUGAUAUUUUCCGGUGCACAACAUCUUUUUCGAUCUGAAAAAAAAUUUUCAGAUCGAAAAUUUUUGAAUUUGAAAAUUUUUACGCAAACUUUUGAAAUCCACGUGGCAGAAAAUUUUGUGAAAAUUCAAAAAAUUCUGAUAUUUUCCAAUUCAAAACGUCUUUUUCGAUGUGAUUCAAAAUUUUGGCGCGAAAAUUUUUUGAAUUCAAAAAUUUUUCUUUCAAAAAUUUUGUAAAAAUUCUAAUUUCCAACACCUCAGGUAAAUAUAGAUGUUGUCGAAGCGAUCAAAACAUCAAAUCACGAAGAUCUAAUGGGAUCCUUCAUCCGCGGUCAAUCAUUUUCCUAUAAAGAUCCUGCAGGAGGAAAUAAUCUGCUUCAUAUCGCAGCUGAGAACAAUAAUCAAUUAGCAACAAGAGCCAUUUGCGUGUUCGGAGCAACGUUGGAAUUGUGGAAACAAAAAAAUCACGCGGGAAAAUUGCCAGUUGAAUUGACAGAAGAUUCGAAUAUCAAAGCUGAUUUGAUGUCGAUUUCGACAUCUCGAAGUGUCACAAAUCAUCAUACACAUCAGAAUAAGCUUUUAAUUGAGAAGCGACUCAAGGAGCCAAGUUCGUCGCAUAAAGUUGUGCUAAGUCUCGACGGCGGUGGUUUGCGGAUUGUGUUGCAGAGUGCGAUUCUGAUUGAGAUUGAGAGGCAGCUCGGCGAGCCGCUCAGACAACAUGUUCAUUGGAUUGGUGGCACGAGUUGUGGGGGAUUGAUGGCUGGAACAAUGGCGGUGGGAAUUGAUUUGUGUGAUGCGAGGAAGGCGUUUAUUUUGACACGCAAGCGGAUCUUUUGCGGCAAUUCGAAUAUGGUGCCGAAACAUCGGGCGACUGGGAUUGAGAGUGUUUUGCAAGAGGUUAUGGGGCAGAAGACGUUGUUGGCGGAUUUAAAGGCGCAUAAGUGAGGUUUUCUGGAUUUUUGGCGGGAAAAUUUGCAUUUUUGGCGGCGAAAAAAGAAAAAAAGCGGAAAUUACAACACUCCGUUGACGCUGCGCGUGAUUUAGUGAUUUCGAAAAUAUUUCAUUUGAAAAGGGGUUUUUGAUUUUAUAAUUCAAGUUUUCGCUUCAAAAAAUGCAAAAUUUGCUCAAAUUUCACUUCAAAAUAUGUAAAAUAAUCCAAAAAUUCGCAUUUCACAUCAAACCCUACGCAAAAAUGCACAGAUUAACGAAAAUUCUGUGCAUUUUUGCGGCAAGUUCAGUGCUUCUACUGGAUUUCACGAAAAAAUGAAAAAAAAAGCGGAAAUUACAACACUCCGUUGACGCUGCGCGUGGUUUAGUGGCGUCUUUUUUGAAUUUGGAGAAUAUUUGAUUUGAAAAGGGGUUUUGAUUUUAGAUAUAAUUUAAGUUUUCGCUUCAAAAACUUCGAAAUUCAAGUUUUCCCGCCUAAAAUUUGAUGAAAACAAUCAAAAAUUCGCAUUCAAUACCAAAAUCUACGCAAAAAUGCACAGAUUCAUGAAAAAUCUGCAUUUUCCCGACGAUUUUGGUGUUUCCCUGAGGAUUUAACGAAAAAAAGCGAAAAUUACAACACUCCGUUGACGCUGCGCGUGAUUUAGUGGAGUCUUUUUUGAAUUUGGAAAAGUUUUUGAAAUGUUCUAUUUCGCGCCGAAAAUUGCAAGAUUUUAAAAUUGAAAAUUCGCCCCAGAAAUUUGAAUUUUUGAAAUUCUGGAUUUUUGGAGCGAAUAUUCGAAAUUUUAAAAUUUAAGUUUUCGCUCCAAAAAUCGCAUUUUACACCAAAACCUACGCAAAAAUGCACAGAUUUUCCGAAAAUCUAUAUUUUUGCGGCGAAAAAACAACACUCCGUUGACGUUGCGCGUUGUUUAGCGACCAAAAAUAUGUUUUUUUUUGCAGAAUCGUGAUAACAACAUCAAAAUGCGAUUAUGCACCAAUUCAACUUGUGCUCCUCCGAUCCUAUGCUCCACGACUUCAACCAAAAGAGUUUGAGCAACUCGGAUUCUUGAAUCCGGCCAAAGUUUUGCUCUGGAAAGCUAUGAGAUCUACAUCGUGGGUUAUUCGUCUGAUUUUUCCCGCCAAAACUGAAAUUAUCGAUUUUUCUAGAGCAGCUCCCGUGUAUUUCCCAUCAUUUCAUGGUUUGGUUGAUGGCGCUUUGUUUUGCAACAAUCCAUGUAUUCAACUGCUCACCGAGUUCCAGAAACUCAAAAAAAUUGAGAAUUAUCGAGGUGUCAAAAACACGGAUGAGAUUGGAUGUGUGAUUUCGGUUGGCACUGGAAUUGAGCCAAGUGUUGCUCUCAAAGGUGAAAAAAUCAAUAAUUGAUUGUUUUCUUUUGUCAGACGCGUGCGGCUGUGCGUCGCGGUCGGGAAAACAAAUGAAAUUAUUGUUUCCCGACCGCGACGCACAGCCGCACGCGUCUGACAAAGAAAAAACAAUGAUUGCAUUUGUUUCCCGACCGCGACGCAUAGCCGCACGCGACCAACGAACUAAUGAUGUUUUUUUCAAAUAUUUUUUACAGCAGCCUUGCUAAAACCUUGAAACACCGUGUAAAAUGGCUUGAGAAAAUGCAAAUUUUCUAAUUUUUUAUUCAAUAGCCAUUUUUGUCGCGUGCGGCUGUGCGUCGCGGUCGGCAAACAAUGAAUUCAUGCCGACCGCAACGCACAGCCGCACGCGACGAAAAAAGUGAUUUUUUUCAAUUGAUAAUGGGUAUUUUCUCAAGCCAUUUUACACGGUGUUUCACUGUUUUAACAAACUUUGUGGCUGUUGUAAAAAAUAUUUUUGAAAAACAUUAUUUCGUCAGUUGCGUGCGGCUGUGCGUCGCGGUCGGUAAACAAUCAAUAAUCCAUGUUUUUCCCCGACCGCGACGCACAGCUGCACGCGACUUACUUCGCCAGUCGCGUGCGGCUGUGCGUCGCGGUCGGGAACCAAAUGCAAUUAUUGAUUUUUUUCCCCGACCGCGACGCACAGUCGCACGCGCAACCAACGAACUAAUGUUUUUCUCCAAAUUUUUAAAGGAAUCGAACUGAACGUGGCGAAUGCGUUGGAUAUUGGCGGAAAUUUUCGCGAAAUCAUUGCGACCGGCAAGAAUUUCUUCAAUUUAUUCAUGUAUCAAUGCACAACUUCGCACAAUGUUCACGUUGGAGAAUCGCAAGAAUGGGCACAUUCAAUGAAUGCACCGUUUUUUCGAUUUUCGCCCAAAUUAUCGUCGAGUUUUGAGUUGGAUAAUUGCUCGGUGGAGAAUUUGAUUAAUUCGAUGUUUGAGAAUGAGGUUGGCGGGUUUUUGGGCGGGAAAAUUGUAUAAAAAAUUUGAAAAAUCGGAUUUCCCGCGAAAAAUAUUCAAAAAAUUCAAAAAUUUUACACCGAAAUCCACGCAAAAAUGCACAAAUUGUGCAUUUUUGCGGCAAGAAAAAAACUAGAUUAAAGGAACAUACCGUAUCGGUUGAGAUGAGCCACAAAAACUACGAUGCUCCGCGUUUACGCCAUCAAUUUGAUCAGAAUUGCAGGUGUAAACGCGAAGCUUUGUAGUUUUUUUUUGUUGAAAAUUGUUAAGAAUUUUCAAAAAAUUGGUAGAUAGUGCUGCUGACGCGGAAGCUUGCGGUUUACACUCGAAAAACUACGAUGCUCCGCGUUUACGCCAUCGAAAAUGAUGGAUUUUCAUCAGAAUUGCAGGUGUAAACGCAGAGUAUCGUAGUUUUUUUUGAAAAUUGUGAAGAAAUUUCAAAAAAUUGGUAGACAGUGCCGCUGACGCGGAAGCUUGCGGUUUACACUCGAAAAACUACGAUGCUCCGCGUUUACACCAUCGAAAAUGAUGGAUUUUCAUCAGAAUUGCAGGUGUAAACGCGGAGUAUCGUAGUUUUUUCUUGAAAAUUUGAUUCAAUCUACGCAAAAAUGCACAUAUUUACAAAAUUUGUGCAAAAAAAAAUCAUUUUUUUCUGAAUUCAUAUUAAAGGAACAUACCGUAUAACCUGCGCAUCUAACUCUCGAGUUAGAUACGCAGGUGGUAUACGGUAUGUUCCUUUCAUCUGCCAUUCCUAGGUUUAUAUUCGUACUCAAAUUCAAUCGGAAAUCGCUGAAGUUGUGAAACUUUUGAAAUCGAUGCCCAAAAACCAGGUGCCAUGUGAAUAUAAAUCAAUUGUGAAAUUCAAAUAA